CAGCUUCCUUGGAACUGAUUGGUUCCGAAGCUAAUCUCCGCGGCUAACAGUUAAUCUUCGUCUGUUCAUCCCGGGCUGUCAGUUGACUAUAAAUCGUCACGACUGGUCAUUCAUUUAUGUUCCCUCUCUCUGAACAUAACAUCUACCAUCAACACUGGCACCCACAUCAUAAAAUAAAUUCCACAUCUAAAUGCCCCAUAUCGAGAAACCCACCCACAGGAUGGGCCUACAGAAUGUGAACAUCCCCACCGCAAAACGAUACCUCCCACUCCUAAUAUCCUACAUAAUGGACUGGGUAUUCAUCAUAGGAAUAGCCCUAAUAGGCUACGGCUUCCACAAAGUCACUCCCAACCACCGACCCUUCACACUCACAGACCCCAGCAUCUCAUUCCCCUACACGACCCAUGAAACGGUGAGUACAGCCGUUCUAGUCGUUGUAGGUCUCAUCAUACCGGCUGUGAUUAUCGUUCUCGUGACCCUGGUGAUUAUGCCCGGGGUAUGGAACUGGCGGGUGAAGAUUUGGGAGUGGAAUGCUGGGUGGUUGGGGUUGGCGCUGGCCGUUGCGGGGGCGUUUAUGGCAACGGAGGGAUUGAAGGAUUUGUAUGGGCGGCCAAGACCGGAUCUGUUGGCCAGGUGUGACCCGGAUCUGGGCAAUAUUGGGGCUUAUGUGGUUGGGGGACUUGGGGGUAAAGUGGAGGGUGCGCCGAGAGUGGUGAGUUGGGAGAUUUGUAGGAAUACGGGGAAGGAGUUGGUUGUGGAUGGGUUUGUGAGUUUUCCUAGUGGGCAUUCUUCUUUUGCCUUUGCCGGUUUGACCUAUCUGAGUCUGUGGUUAUGUGCAAAGUUGUCCAUUGGAUUCCCUUAUCUGGCGCAUUCGCCCUUUGGCCAGGAUCUGCGCGGCCAGAAGCGUGAGACCAUUCGCAACCUGGGAGCUGCACCUCCCGUCCUCUUGGUGAUCCUUGCCUUUGUGCCGAUGGCAGUUGCCUUCUUUAUCUCCGCUUCGCGCUGGUUUGACUUCCGACAUCAUGGAUUUGAUAUCAUCUUCGGCUCCGUCAUGGGCAUGGUUUUCGCAUGGGGGGCAUUCCGCUUGUAUCACCUCCCCAUCAUGCGCGGUGGCGGCUGGGCCUGGGGCGUCAGAAGUCGGCGACAUGCCUUCUUUAAGGGCGUCGGACUCCCAAGUCACAUCGGCGGCGACAACUGGUCCAGCGUGAAAGACAUUCCACAGUCAGACGAGCGCGCAGCAGGUCAAGACAUCGAUCUGGAAAGCGGACCACGCAACCUGGCCGAAUGAGCAGAAUCCCAGGAUGAAGGUGUUGUGGAUGUUAGUUUGAAUCUUUCUUUUGCCCCCCUCCCACACGAUAAGUUAGUCAUAGCUGUAUACCCCGUUCGCUCGCACUAUAGUCUCGAGAAUUUCCGUGCGACAUAUUGCUUCUUAAAGUAUAAUGUUACGUUAUAAGAUCAAGUUCAGACCCCUCCCUUUUUUUUUUUU